AUGAGCUCUAAAUACGAAACAUUAGUUAUUGGGGCCGGCGGAAUAGGUGCUGUCGUUGCGUACGGCAUACAUUACACAGGCAAGUCGAAUCUAGGAAUUGUUGUAAGAGGACACUAUGACAAGCUAAUUAGUGAAGGAUACACCAUUGACUCAGUCGAUUACGGAAAAGUUGACGGCUGGAAACCAGACUACCUCUACCCAAGCAUCGAGGAAGCUGGAAAGUCGGGGAUCGAGUAUGACUUUGUUGUGGUGUCCACUAAAAACCUACCUGAUAUCGAAAAGGUUGAGGACCUUAUUGAACCAGUUGUGACACCAUCAAAAACCGCAGUUGUUCUCGUGCAGAACGGCUUUGACAUCGGCAGGCCACUAAUUGAGAGGUUCCCGCAGAACAUCAUCAUAUCCGGUGUGUCGCACUGCGGCUCGCACAAGUACGGGACGUUGGUUGAACACAUCCAGCACGAUAAUGCAAAAAUUAGCUACUUUGGCAAUCCCAACUUUGAGGAAAGCGCUCUCGAACAAAAGACCAAGGAGUUCAUCUCGAUGUACAAAAAUCCAAAGAACGAUAUCGACUACUUUCCGAACGAGCGGUGGUACAGGUACAGAAAGCUUGUGUACAAUGCAACUUUGAACACCGUGUGUGCAUUGACGGAUGUCGAUACAGGACGCCUCCAGCUAUGGGGAGGCCUUGAUGAAAUCUCUGUACCUGCAAUGAGGGAGAUUGUUGCUAUCGCCAAGGCAGACGGCUGUGACCUCCCUAGCGAUGUGAUUAAUAUUGUUGGCCACGGAGAUGAUGGUGUCUAUUUUGUUCCCUCAAUGCUGGACGAUGUUAGAAAGGGCAACCCCAUUGAGCUUGAAAUCAUACUCGGUAAUGUUCUCCGGGUUGCGGAUCAGCUCGCAGUGGAUGCUCCAAUACUAAAGGUUCUGUAUGCUCUUCUAAAGCUCAAGCAAGGUAGGCUUAAGGAGAAAAGGGGGUUGCUUACAGUGCCAGAAACUCGCCCCCCAAACACUAAGUACUACUCUUAA